ACCAUCCAGGCAGGCGGAAGUGCGUCAUAGGCAAGAUGGAGCGCUUGGAUCGGGCUGUGCUGAACACGGCUCCGGUGGCCGACUUCAAGGGAAAUGAUGGCUCCUUGUUAGCAGUACUGAAGACCCUUCUGUUUUUCACAUUCUUAAUGAUCACUUUACCAAUUGGGUUAUAUUUUGGGACAAAGUCGUAUGUGUUUGAAGGUACACUUGGAAUGUCAAACAGAGACAGCUACUUCUAUGCUGCCAUUGUUGCUGUGGUGGCUGUUCAUGUUGUGCUAGCCUUGUUUGUAUAUGUGGCUUGGAAUGAAGGCUCAAGGCAAUGGCGUGAUGGCAAACAGGAUUAAGGGCAACAUUGUUUGCAAGGGAUCAAUUUGUUGUCAUUCAAGAUUCAAUCCUGGGGGUUAUGGCUAAAAGGCAGAAGAAUGAAAUGCAGACUGUGAAACCCAUGUGAGAUUCUUUUAGAAUUGCAGUAUUGUUGCAAAGUGUGAGGGGGAAAAAAAUGUUGUGGUAUAGUCGAAGCUAAAACCAACUUUCAAAGACGAUAUCUUAUACCUCCAUCUUGAAAUUAAUUCAACCGUUGAGAAUACAAGACUAUACACAUGCACUUUAAAAGUACACUGUUUGCAUUAGCAAUUUAACAUUUGCGGCUUGAAAUGUUUCUUGUCAAUCUUUGGUUUGCAAAUGUUAAUCACAUUUGUAUAAAAAUUAAAUGCUACUCUCACAGAGGCGCUGACAUGCCUAAGAAUAUGGAAUGCUCAAAUUCUAAUGUUUGAAGAGCCUAAGUUCAAAAACAUCAAUCUUCAUCCUGAAGUCUAUAUGAAAUGGUGUUUGUUUGCAAUAUAUGUAUCCUGUGUAGGUGUCCACUUCUGUGCAGAUUGAUGAUUGCAGUGUAACGUAUGUUAUUAAUUAUGGGCUCCAGUGAAUUAAUCAAUAUCGUUAUGGGUGAUCAGGCAAGCUACAUCUUUCUUUUGAAUGUUAUUAAUAAUUAUAUGUGUAAUGGCUGAUGUAAAAGAGAGCUCCAAAUUCAGAAUUUUAUUUGUGUAUCAAAUUGUUAUGUAAAAUUCCUAUUCAUACUUUGCAUCUUUGUUCUGUUCUCAGUACCUGGAAGAAUGUUAAAUGCUUCAUAAGAAUCUGGCUUUUGAGAUGAGCUCCUUUCAAAGGGAAUCUAAUGUAUCAUGCUUAUCUUUUCUGGUUCCUCAAGAGACUGUGUGAUGUUACAGAAAGUUUCAACGAGACUGCAUUGCAUAAGAAAAGUGAGGGAUUUGCAACUUAGCUAAGGAAUUCUAUCUCCACGCCACAAUCUAAAUUUCUUGGAAGUUGUCUAAGGCAAGAAAUUGCUAUUAUGUAGGUAGUAAUGCCAAAAUUACCAACGUAAAACCUAGACUGCACCUCUUGAAAAUUUUAAAUGACUAACCAAAAUGUAGAUGCACUGCAUGACGAGUAUUGUUUUCAUUUGCAUUCUCGGUGCAAUUGAUCAGGCUUUACUAGACUGAGGUAAUCCAUAUUAUCAUUUUUAUCAUCAUGUUCAAAGUCAUUCCAUUUCUAUACCCCUCCUUGGUAUUUGUGUAGGAGAAAUGGAGAUAUCAACUGAAAAUUGUAGAACUUCCUUAAGAUUGAACAACUUUUCAUUGAAGCCUCAGAAUGCAUUGUUCAGUUUGAGUUAUGCUACAGAUGAUCCAAUUGCACUGAAGUCAUUUGGAACGCGCAUUGUCUUUAUUUCUGUAAACCUAAUAUAUAUUUUCUGGUGUAUGGUAGAUUUCUGUGCUUGCUUUCAUAAUCAUAGAUUUAGUUUAAAACUGAGCUGACUUGUUUAAAUGUGAUUUCCAGGUAGCUUCCUGCAAUUGCUUUCCGAGGUGUAAAGAUAUUAUUGUCGUGCAUUGUCGUGUCUAACUGACUUUUUCUUUUGGACUGUAUGGCGUCCAUUCCCACAGGCAACCUUUUAAAAUAAAUGACUGGGUAAAUGGUUUUUCA